UCUAAAUUAUUGGGAAAGUAUAGAUUCUCCAAAUAUGUCUGGUAUGCCGCUCGAUCUAUGUACGAAGCUCGUUGCUUAGAGUCUGGGUUUAAGCCAGUUGGAUGUGUAAUGGACCGAGGAUCUGAGCCUUCAUAUCAUGACCACUACAAAGGUAGAUGUCCUGCUACUGCUACGGAUCUUUGUGAAGCGAUGGCGCGCCUUCACAACGGCGGACCGAAAGAAUGCGAGAAGCCCAGCACCUUGGAUUAUUUGAAAGAUAUGUCGGUUUGUUGCUAA